AUGAAUACGGUAUCAAAGGGUGUCAUUCAAAUCACCAUUCAAUCUCUGCACAACGAGUUUCGCAAGAAUUUAUUAUGUUUAUCGAUUCCGAUAAUAUCAGAUUUAGUUCCAUCUGAGAUUUUCCCGCGACAUUCCAUCAAAAUUCCGUCUAACAUUAAAUUAGCCGAUCCGAAGUUUCAUUUACCACAUCCGAUCGAUUUAUUAAUCGGAGCCGGAACAACAUUGUCGCUGUUCUCAAUCGGUCAAAUCGAUCUGUCCCAAGAAAAGCACGAUUUAUAUUUGCAAAAGACUCGCUUCGGCUGGAUAGUCGCGGGCGGAAUAGCAUCGCGGAAGUAUCCGAAAAAUGUAACAUGCCAAUUAUCUAGCUUGGAACAACAAAUUGCUAAGUUUUGGACGAUUGAGGAACUAACAACCGAUACACCCAAAUCUACUAAGGAACUCGAAUGCGAAGCGCAUUUUGCAAAAAACGUCACUCGCGAUAACAGCGGCCGCUAUAUGGUACGAUUACCAUUUCGUAAGGGUGAUAAACGCCUCGGUGAUUCGCGAAUCGUUGCACUCAAACGCCUGAACUCUCUCGAGCGAAAACUCGAUUCGGACGCGAUGUUAAAGACCGCUUAUUCAUAA